AUGGACAGAAGUCUAAGUGAAGCUGCUAAAAGAGGAGACCUCGAAAAACUCCACAGUCUCAUAGAAAACGAUCCUUUUCUAUUACGUGCCGCGAAUUUAUCCGACGAAAACAACCCGUUACACUUAGCCUGCAUCGGUGGCCACGUAGAUUUCGUGAGAGGGAUCGUGAGUCUAUGCCCCGAGCUCGCCCGAGAACUUAACCGUGACGGUUUUACCCCUCUGCACAUAGCCUCAGCAAGUGGUGCCAUAGAAAUUGUGAAGGAGCUGCUGAGUUUGAACUCAAACCUCUGUUUGGUCAAAGGAAAGGAAAAGAGAAUCCCACUUCAUUGUGCGGUUGUGAAAGGCAGAGUCGAUGUUGUGAAAGAACUGAUCUCUGUUUUUCCGGAUUCGGUAAAUGAUGUUACCGCGCGCGGAGAAUCUUGUUUCCACUUGGCUGUGAAGAAUAAUCAGUUUGAGGCCUUUAAGGUUCUUUGUUUGCAAAAUGGGUGUGUUCCGAACGUGAAGGACGUGCAGGGGAACACGGUAUUGCAUCUCGCGGCUUAUGGAAAGAUUUACGAGGUUUUCGACCUCUUGUUCGACGAUAACUCGGGCCACAAGGGAACUUUAGAAAUUAACCCGUUGAACGAAAAGGGUAUGACCCCACUCGAUGUCCUAAUAUCCGAAGGCGGCGAUCCAGAUAUCGAGCAAAUUCUUAAACGGGCUGACGCAAUUACGAGUCGAGAAUCUAAUGCCAUUCGUCGAACUCUCCAAAACCCGUCACCAAACAAUAAUAAUAAUAAUAACGACCAGAGAAGGCACCGGCGGUCCGUUUGUGCCUCCAAGAAGCUACAGGAAUACUUCAAAUACGACGUGGCCCGAGAUUCUCCGAGCAAGGCCCGAGACACCCUCCUCGUCAUAUCUGUGCUAAUCGUGACAGCCACAUACCAGGCUGUCCUGAGCCCGCCUGGCGGCGUUUGGCAAGACGACUUCACGCCAUCUGUCGGGUCAAACGGGACAUCCCACACGGCGGGCCAGUCGGUUAUGGGGACGCGGAGCCCGGUCAACUACGGUUUGUUCUUGCUUUUCAACUCGCUCGGGUUUUUCAUGUCCCUGCACAUGAUGAACUUUCUCACGCUCGGGCUUCCCCUGCAGUUUGAGCUACGCGUGGCGCUUGGUGCAGUGAUAGUUACUUACGACACGUGUAUGGUGGCAAUCACGCCAGAUGGCGUGAUCUCGGUUUUCUUCACGGUCGUGUCGAUUGUGAUGCCUUUGAUGAUGCCGGUGCUGACGAUGCUAGCGAGGGAUUUUCGGAAGGGGGGCACGAGAUGCGAGGUCUCAGGUGGGAGAGUGAGUGUGUGA